GGCGGGGUCUCCGCGGUGGCACGGGGAGCGAUGCGGCCCCUCGGCUCCGCCGCGGCGGCUCCGCCCCUGUAAGUACCGGGGCGGGGCUGCGCCUGCUGCAGGAACCUGCCCGUUAAGAGUCGCCUCCCGCCGCCGCGGAACCCGGCGCUGCCGCCAUGGUCUCCUGGAUCAUCUCCCGCCUCGUGGUGCUGAUCUUCGGCACCCUCUACCCCGCGUAUUCCUCCUACAAGGCCGUGAAGACGAAAAACGUGAAGGAAUAUGUGAAGUGGAUGAUGUACUGGAUUGUGUUUGCCUUUUUCACCACUGCAGAAACACUCACAGACAUUGUUCUUUCUUGGGCUGAGAGAUGCCCUGUUUAUGGAGUUUUCAUGGCUAUGGAUGAAAGACUAAAUGAGACUCAAAGAAGGUUUCCUUUUUAUUUCGAGUUGAAAAUUGCAUUUGUGAUUUGGCUGCUCUCCCCUUACACCAAGGGCUCCAGUGUCCUCUACAGGAAGUUUGUGCACCCAACGCUCUCCAAUAAGGAGAAGGAAAUUGAUGAAUACAUUACUCAGGCUCGUGACAAGAGCUAUGAAACCAUGAUGCGAGUCGGCAAGAGAGGGUUAAACCUGGCUGCCAAUGCAGCAGUUACUGCAGCUGCAAAGGGCCAAGGAGUUUUGUCUGAAAAGCUACGAAGUUUCAGCAUGCAGGAUCUCACUCUGAUCCGGGAUGAAGAUACUGUGCAUUUGCGAAGCCAUGAGCCACAGCUGCACCCCCCUGGAGCGAGUCUCCUUGAAACCAUUGAGGAUUCAGCUUCUUGUUACUCCUCAGGAGAGGAGAGCAGUGUGGCACAGAGGUCUAAUGGAACCCUGACAGAAACCAGAACAGACCCAUCAGAUGAAGAUGCAGGAGACAAACUGCCAAAACGUACCCAGAGCCUCAAAGCUCCUAAGAAGAUGACAAAAGCUGAGAGAACAGGAUUUGGAAUGGCCAUCAAGAAGCAGAAAACUUACAGCAGUGACGUUGCCACUUAGAAAUGUUGCUAUGUCCAAUCUUUUAUCAAGCUUCCAGUAAAAAGUGUGAAAGCCCGCCCUAGGAAGAAAGCUGCAGGCUCUCUUGCUUCUGGCGAGUCAUCCUAAGGAGACCUCCCCUCCCCAGCACCUAUCUCUGUCCUAGGAUUUGCCUGUCACUUUCGAGUGGAAACUCUUCCAAAGGAAGGGAGCUGAGAUUGAUGUACAUAACAGAUGCUGCUUAGUAGAGCUCAUUCCAAGGCAAGGGGGAGGCUGGGAUUCAGAACAUGGAACAGAGGAUACAGAUCCUCAGGAAUUUUCUCCUUUUCAUCCCUCUCUUGGGGGGAACACUAAUAUGUCUGUACAUAACCUGUUGCUUUGGAAUUCCCUCUGUAUAAUCCUAGUUGGGAAGAAUCUUUACUGGGAGAACAGGCUAGGGUUAGAGACACCUGUUGAACAGAAGCUGGAAAAAUAAUCAGACACUGGAGUUCCACAGAGGUGGGUGGUUCCCUGGAAUAUCUUAUCUUGCUCUGGGUAUCCGUCUGCAGCUGUGUGUUGUUAGAAGUGCCCACAACAAUUCACCCUCUUUAAAAAUGGACCAUAGCUGUUAUGUCCUUCCCCUUUCAGAAGGUGACUGUUCAGUGCUUUUGAACAUAAAGGACUGGCUCAUGGGAGGAGUGUGCCAGAUUCUAGUUCCUAGUAAUGGAAAAUGAAGAGAUUGGGUUUUAUUUUUUUCUGGAAGGUUAAGUGAGGAAAUUGAAAAGCUGAGUUAUGAAGAAAAUGUGCUGUUAUAUGCACAUGUGAAAGAGUAGAUACAGAUAUCCAGAGGAGGUAACUAUUGAGAAGGAAAGUUGGUCAUCCAUAAGAUUUUGGUUGCAUCUGAAGCUGCUUUUUAUUUCAGGUUCUGUUGUUUACUUUGAUUCCUGUAAGAGCACGACAGUGAGAGGAAUCCCAUGUAGUGGGUAAAGAAAGGCAGGGAGAGCAUUACUUUGCCAUUUAAUUGUUUAACUCCAUGUCAUCAUGGUGCUUUUUAAUACAGACAAAUUCUUUCAUUCUAGAAGAUUUCUGGGGAAAAUCUGGCUCAUUAGUCUGCAAGCAUACUUGAGAAUUUCAGAAGCCCUUGUCUCUUAGCUUUAGGAGAUCCAUUCCUCAGGGCAUGAGAACUGACAAAUAGCUGAUGUAUGAACUUCACUAGUUCUAGGAUUCCAUUUAUGGAUUAUAAAUUGCAGGGACCAGUGAACGCUAUUGUACUUUAUCAAUCUUCUUGCUUUGUCCUACUCCAGCCCUUGCACAAAUUUUCUCUGUGUGACCAUUAGCCUUGUUUAUCAAUGCCCUGAGACCUGAGCAAUAUGCAACAUUUGGGACAGAAGCACAUUGUAUGUGGAAUAUGUAUUGUGGGAGUGAAACUGCAGAGGAAAUUUGCAUGCAUGCCAUAGAUUCUAAUCCAUUGAGUACUGGUAAGGGGAGAUCCCCUGUACACAUACCCAUGGGAAACAAGUAGAGUUCCUGUUGUUGAAACUUACAGUGUGGGAGUACCCUUAUGGACAUGACUGUCUGAAUGAGUACUUGAUGGUCUUAAUCUUUACUGAAACUACAACUCUAGCUGCAGACACUCAUGUUUUCUCAUGUCUCUUGCUGUCACAUUUCUGAAAUUGCAGUGGGUUUUUCACAAAGCUGAAUAUUUUGUUGACAAUGUAUAGAAGCCCUACUUGCAAGUAAGAUUUCACAAAUAUUUCUGUCCUAAAGAGCCGUCCUUCAAAAGUUUAUAAUGUUUAAGACUGGGACUGAAUUUUUUGUUGUUUCCCAUUGUCUUGGUGGCAAACUUAUGAAUUAUUUCAUUUUUGGGGGGAAACAAAUUAAGUUGUUCUUACUUUCAUUUGUAGCUUUUAAAAUUUUAAAUCUUGACCAACCACAUCAGAAAUACUUGUCCUGAAGCAUCCACAAAUCCUUACCCAGGAUCCAGAAGAAAACCUUUGAUCUGACUUUGAGAUAUGUGUUUUAAAAAAAAAAAGUUUUAUUAGCAAUCAUUGUAUACAUGCCUCGCUAGUACAUGCAAAGACAUGUACCAAAGCAAGAAUUAUUUCUGUUUCCAAUGGAAAUUCCUCUCUCCACGAGGAACAAAAAUCUUUGCUGAAUAUGUGAAAGAUUCAGUUGUGAGAAAUUGUUUACUAGGUUUACUGUGUUGAACAAGACAAAACCAUUAUUCUUUAUACACUAAGUACUUCUGUGACCACAUUUCUGGACUUUUUUUUUGUUUGUAUGCUUUUUAAACUAAAAAUCUCUGUAGCAAAUUCAUUAUCUAAAUCAUUGUGAGGGACUUGAUUUGGAGGCCAAGGAUGGGUUAGUCUGUCCUUAUACUGAUCUUCCUGCCCUUUCCUUGUGCAUGUACUGUGAUAGUCUUGGAUUACUCAGUUUUCAUACAGUGACUUUCCAGAAUGCUUUCUAGAAUCAGUUCAUUUGCAGGAACUCCUCCUGCUUUGAAGCAUAAGAAGAAUUUCUGAAGACUCAAUUUUGGGAUUUGGAUUUGCCUUUGUUCUCCUGAACUAGACCCUGUACUAAGUAUCUUUUACUCAGCAUUGAUGCUUGAUGUCAUUAGCCUGUGGGUAAGAAUGGAUCAGUCUUGCCCUGACUUCUUGUACAGGGAAAUUAAAUGACUCUUGUUAUAAGAGAGUCUGGAGUAGUCAUGGACUCCAUUGAGGGUGAUAUGAAGCUGAUGACGUCAGGCAGCAGAACUUACCUAGAGCAAGAAAAUGUCUUAGUAUGGACAUUAUUUUCUUCUAGUACAAAUGUGACCAUUACAUUUUGCUCUGCUUGAUCAAAGCCUCUGCAAAUCUGCCACCACCCAUGUGAUCUUUCAGUGAGUUCCUAGAUGUUCUGCUUUGGGUGGCAUGGUCUUGCAUAGAAAUUCUCUUGUUAAUGAGAAUGCUGAAUGUGCUGUUUUGGUAAAAUGCUUCUAUCAGCUGUUCUGUGUUUUCAGCAGGAAAUGCUGGAAUGUAGUUUCCAUCUAGUAUUUUCUAUGAGCUUGAUUGUGCAGUGAAGCAAAUGGUUAAAUCCAUAUCUAGCAGUAGAACCCACUGUGUUCAGUAAGCAUUUAUACCCCUUUCCUAAUAUGCCCAGGCACAAAUAGAAACACAGAAAGAUUUCUACAGAACCCUGAAUUUCCAGAAAUCGAUACUUUUGAGUUUUAUUUCUUCUUUGCCAUCUUAAUCAGCAGGAGAUGUGUGCCUUAGCAGGAAAGUGGGAUGAUUAUAGAACACACUGCUGGUUCUCUGGCUGCACAGAGCAUUGUAUCAAGGAGACUUGUUUGUUAACUGUGAAGUGGCAAGGUAUGCUUAAGAACAGCUGUUGAAUUGAGCUGUUUUCCUAUCUGUCUUCCAAACUUGCAUGCAAUGCUGGAAACUAUGGGUUAUUGCCUAAGACACAAAUCCGGAAAAAUGGGGAAAAAAAAUGCCCUUCUUUCUGGUGGGGACAUUGUAUUGCAACAUGACUCUGCAACUUCCUGGGGAGAUGCUGAAUCACAUUGCUCUUUGUAACUGUUCAGUAUUAUAGGCUUUCUUGCUUGACCCAUUACGAAUUUGUAACUUGCCACGAGGCUGAAUCAUCUUGUGCUGCUCUCUGAGUUGCCCUGUGAAGUCAGAUGUGUGGAAAAAUAUUCUGAAGCUAUGUGAUUUCAUAGAAUGUUUGAGGUUGGAAGAGGAUCUCUGGAGCUCAUCUGGUCCCAUUGUUCUACUCAAGCAGGGCUACGUAGAGCUGGUUGCCCAGGGGUUCCUGUUAUAUGUGGUCUGGAGCCUAUUGAAUGUAAUGUUUAAGACCUGGUAUAUGUAUAAAUACAUACACUGUACUGUAUGGGGCUGUGCUUUAGUGUUAACUGAGGAGAAAGGAUUCCUGGUUACCUUUCAUCUUGAAUUUGGCACUAUUAGAAGAUGCUGUAAACAUAACUCAGUUUUAUGUUAUUUCUAGGUUUUGUUUUGAAGCCUCUAGGCCUCAGAAGAGAAGAAAUCUAAAGAGGCGUGCAGAGUAACUUUUGAGAACAAUUGCUUUGAAUGGUAAAUGAAGACAGUAAAUUUCCACAGGAGCUAAGAACCUGUCCUGUGAGACAGGGUAGGGUGGAAAACGGGCUAUGUACAGUACAAAGAUGUCCAGGAAAUAAUCCUGACUUUUUCUGAGCCUCAAGCUAUACUUGAACUCUGCAUCCUACAGAUUAGAGCUUGGUUGUUCUCUUACGGAACUUCUGUCUCUGUCUUACCUUUCUAAACUGGGCUUGACCUACAUGCACUUAUUCUUGAACCUUUUAUCACUUCAGAACAAUAAAGUUUGAAUUUUUCCUCAGUGGUCAGCUGAUCUGUGUGGAGGAUCUGAUGAAUUAAGCAUCUCACAGCAUUUUCUAGUAGAUGUGUUAUGCUGAGGAAGCACCAGCAGGGAGCUCCAGAGGACAGAUAAAAUCUGUGAAAUUGAAUGCACGCACAAAGCCUGCAUUUUUGGAUGAACUAAAUGCUGGGCUUUGUUACACUCAUAUGCCAGCUAUCUGUAGAAUCCCAAAGCUCAAUGCCAGAACUGCUAGUGCAAGGAAUCAAAAUAAUAUGAAAUGAAGGGAAACAAUGGCAAACACUUUUUUUUCUGCAAUGUUGCAGGUAAAUUUAGGUUUUAGGUGCUGCUUCUCCUAAAAAUUUUUCUAUAAACCCCUUGCAAGUAAACCAUUACCUCCUUGCUCUGUUUCUCAACUCCUAUCCUUUCAUAAUCUCACUAUAUUUCUUAUGUUUUCUUUUAUUAAGGAGAGGACUACCUCCAUUUUGCCUACUAUGGAGACAUAAAAAAAAAAAAAAAGCUUUAUUUUUAAGAGCAACUAUUAGCAGUAGCAUAGUGUGAUGCAUUUGCCUUCUCUUGCCGCACGUUCUCACUUUAAAUAGGCUUACUGCACUGCACACCCUUUGGACAAGAGCAUUCUGCAUUUAACCAAAUAACAUUAGAGGUAACAUUAGUGGAGGGCUGCAAAAAUGAAUGUACUCCUAAUGACCGAGCCUGAGUCUUCUAUAAUAUGCAACUGUCUGAGACUGUAUCAAAAAUAUCUGCAGCAACAGUCAAAAUGCAUUGCUAUACUGACUCAUCAAAGAUGGGAAAUUUAGUCAUUGUCUUUGCAGGAGGCCAGGGAAGAGAGCUGAGCUGAAUGACAAGCAUAUAACCAUAGGCAGUACUGUCAGAGUAUGAUUCAUUGCAGUAUUGUAGGAAUAAUUGCUUGGGUUCACAUAAGUUAGUACCAGCAUGAAGUAGUCAACCUGCAGCAAAAUUCAACCUGCUGAUUUACCUUGUUUCUUGUCCAAGAAGAUUAGCCUGACGCUUCCAUGCAAAUAAGCCGUGUAUAGGUAUCUACACUAUAUGGGUUCAAACAAGAUGGGCAAUUUCAGUAUCUCUAAAGAAAUAUUUUAUUCCCCUCCACAUAUUCAGCCAACCAACCAAAAACCAACAACAGUCUUUCUACGUAUUUUUAUUGCUUUGGGAACAGUAGGGGGGGAAGAUGAGCUUUCUGCUUAUUAUCCAGAGUUCGGACAAAAUAUUGUACUGCCACACAGGAGAUGGAUCUAAAGCAUGCCUAUACUGUCAGGGGUGGGAGGUGAGUAUUUCUCUUGGAGCUUUGUUGGAAAUUCCCCUUUGGCACACAAAUUGUGUGUGUGUAUCUAAAAUGCAUUGAAAAAUGUACCGAAAUAGAGAGUAAAAAGAACUUUUGCUUGUGUAGUUUUUUUAUUUUAUUUGCUUGUAACAUGCACAACGUAAUGAGGAUUUUUGCCUCACCAUGUAGAAGAAUUGACAAGUGUAACUGGUUUGUAGUAUCUAUAUUCCUGUUAGUGGGUAUCAGAAAUGCAUAAAUGAGCACUAAAGAAUUUUUGCUACCUAGGUGACACACUUCAGAAGAGGUAAGUUAGACUGAAGGAUGCACAUCUUAAUUCUAUGUUAAAACUUUCUAGAGAGAGCUGUCAGGACUGUAAGAACAGAAUGAUUACUCCCUAUCAAAUUACUGGCUUUCACGUGUGAAUGAAAGCUAGUACAACCACCUCUUUCAAAUAGAUGUUUAGUUAUUUAACAAUAUCUUGCCAGCUGAAGUUACUAUUUUACCGAAUAUCAUCUUUUUGCAUAGUGUCUUGCCUGUACAUGCACUUGACUUCUAAGUGUGUGAAUAUUGUAGAUCAGUUUUCAUUAGAGUGCAAGUGCUUUUAACUCUAAAUUUUCAAAAAUUCCCAGUGCAAGCAGAGCAAAAAUGUCAAAAACGGAUCAAAUUUUAUCGAACACCAGAGGAGUCUAGCCAAAAGGAGAUCAGAGAGGACUUAGUUGAGAGAAUAGUUUUAAUUUCUUGCACUCACUAGUUGAUUCCAAGUGAUUCUUAGAGCUUUCAGGAGCAGGGUGUAGGCAACGCUGCAGAGUGCUGUAAGGCAAACUUCUGUUCACAGUGCAGGUCAGCACCCACGAUGCUGUGCCGCUAAGCCUUACCGGGAAUCUAGAGUUAAUGCUGGUCACUACAUCCAGUAGGAAAGCAUAGGAAUAGGGGAUUCUAUUGGAAGAUUACGAAGUCAGAAAAGUGAUUGUGUGAAGAUAAAACUAAAGAGAACUGCAGCAGGUUACCUUGAAGAAUGACGACAAAAAUCUGCAAGGAUUUUCAACAGGGAAUUAAACUAGUCAGUUUACAAUCAGUAAAACAACAAAAAAAAUAGCAGGAUUCAGUUAAUAAAUGGAAAAUUUGUCAGCGAGGUAUGUAUUGUCUUUCUUUGGUAGCCUAUACUACAAUUGCUUCACAUAGUUCCAGAUUUUACAGGUUAUGUAAAAGUUUUAUAUUUAAGGAAACUAAGUUUUUAUCUUAAGUGAUGCUUAGUGACUUACCAAAAAGAAAGCAAGUUGAAAUUUUUUGAUGACUUUCUAAAAUUAGAACUAAAGUGUACAGAUCCUCAAAUCUAACUUUGUAUUCAUGCUGCUGUCUUUUGGGGAAAGCACUCAGCUGAUGGACUCCUCACUUGUGAUUCCUCUGUUUAUAUUAUUUCUGAAAUGUAGUGAAUGUCACAGAGGUAAAUUAAACUUCUAUUUUGAAUUCACAUCUAAAUUCAAGCAUGCUGAGCUAUGUAUGAGCUAAUGUUGGUUGAAUGAGAGAAAUGGAGAAGCUGAGUCAGAUCUAGCCAGGCAAAGGUGGCUGAAAGACCUUCCUUGAAGUGCACAAACUAAAGACUACAUAAUAAUGCUUGUUUCUGAUUCAACAUUUUCAUGACGAAGUUCCAGUUAGCAUAGUGCUGAUCUAAAGGCACUUAAUUCACAGUUGUGAAUUGCUUUUUGUCCACCAGAGGGUAUAAUACAACAUAAAAAUCACUGAAAGUGAGAGAGCAGAGACUUGCCUGAUAAUAGCUGAAUUGUGACUGGUUGAAUGUUUAUAUUUCCUCUGAGAGUGAACAUCCUACUUAAACAGAGAGAGAGGAGGGAAAACUUCAAAAACAAACACACACCAACAAAUGGGGUUCUAGUGGAGAAAUAUGAAGUAUUACUGCAGUUAGCCCCUAUUCAAAAAGGCCAUUUAAGCAUACUGGUCUUUUCAAUUUAAAUAUCUUCUAGUGUGGUUUAUGGAGCCAAUACCAUUAGAGAAUAACUGCCUUCAAAUCUUUUCAAAGUCCAUCCAAACAAUUUUCUAGCUGCAUGAAGCAGCCCUGUGAAUGGUAGUGUUUGUGGCUAAUUUUGCUGCUUUUGCAAUUAAACAAUUUUUGUGUGUGCAUGUAUUUCAGUAGUGUUGCCUUAAAUUGUACUUUGAAAUCUGUAGUAUUUCCUGUAGAACUUCCUGGUAAGAAUGCAUAGUUUCUAUCAAUUGGAUCUACGUUCUGUGAAAAUAGAACUAACUUUAAUCUAAAAAUACAGAUGAAUCUAAUGGUUACUAUGGUAACUUGUGACCAUGGCAACAGAGAGAGGUAGUACUCUGAAGAAUUGAUAGAUUUUCUUCUUUUAAGCUAACUGAUAGUGCAAGUAUUUUAGGGAAAAUAUUGAUUUUUUUAUUUGUUAACCAUAUAGGAUCAUAUGAAUACAAGGGAUUUUGGCAGUGUCUCCCUUAAGAUCCUCAUAGAAAAGCUGAUGUACAAUGAGCUGGAUCAGCAGGUGGCGAGGUGGAUUGAAAACUGGCUGAAUGACCAAGCCCAGAAGGUGGCGAUCAGUACAAAAUCUAGUUGGAGGCCAGUAACAAGUGGAGUAUCCUGGGGACAAUACUGGGUCCAGUUCUAAUAGUUUCCUCAUUAAUGAUCUGGAUGAUGGGGCAGAGAGUACCCUCAGCAAGUGUUUGCAGAUGCCACAAAACUGCUCCCAAUGGCUGAUACACCAGUGGGUUGUACAGGAAGCGGCAGGAGGUAUAUAGGAUGUUUGAUAUUCCAUCUCAAAAUAUAUAGAAAUCCUAGGUGCAUAGCAAGACCGCCUGCAAUUCCUUGUGAUAUUAAGAAAGAGGUCUCAUCUGCUGAAGAAAGGUCAAAGACAUCAGGAAGUUACUGUAGGAAAGAGGAAAAGGUUAGAACAUGGUUAAAGACUUUUUGUUGUCAAACAUGUAACAUAGAUUUGGUAUGUUUCUGUUCCAUUUUUCCACCAUAGGAUCAGAGUUAAAUGAUGUAGUGCCUUCAGGCCAGUGCUAAGUUUCAGCUAUGUAUUAUGAAUUGCCUUGAAGCAGUGCAGACCCCAAGAGCCUGUAUAGCAUUAGAGGAAGCUGUAACCAUUUAAAGACUGUUUACAAUAAAUAUUAAUAUAUUAUUGAAGGAAGUGGGAAUGGGCUCUCAUGACUAAAUCUUGUAUGUAGCGAGUGGCUUUCUAUGCCAGCAUAGAGAUAAUGUAAAUACUCUAUACUAGCAACAUUCAGUGUAACUUUUAUAGGAAAAUGUGCUGGAUAUGAGUUUAGUCAAAGCCAAAUCAGAGUUUUUCAAGCGUUCUCUUUUUCCUAGGUAUUGUUGGGGAAUCUGGAAACUGAAUGGAAAUUACAACAUUGCAGUUACCACUUGCUAAUUGUGAAGAACUUGAAAUAAAUAGAAUCCAAGUUUAAUUUAAAAGCCAACUUUUGUAAAAGUCAGCUGUUGUUACUUCUGUAUUUGCCCCAGGAAUACUGUAGCUAAUCAGCAGAGUCACUAUGGUGAUCUAAGGCCAUUACUCCGGAAAAGGGCGGGGGGGAGCGGAGAUGCCAGGCCAGACUGAAUUGGUUCUGCUAGUCCAGUCUUCUGCCUCUGGUAUUGCUCAUUCCAUGUGAUGGCCAGCGGGCAGUGUGGAAAUGACACGUGUUGGAAAAACCUGUUCCUGACACUGUUGUCUUUUUACCUGUGCUUUAAAGCAUCGUGGUGUUUAACGACUGGGUUCUUGGUUUUGGGGAGAGGAGUUGUUGUUUGAAUUCCAUCAUUAAUUUUUUGUAAAGUUGUAAAAAGUUUGCUUACAUGUUGCAGUACAAUGACUUAAAUGUAGAAACUCGAAGGCAUCACAAUCUUGCGUUGUGCUUGCUCUGUCACCUGGACUCUUUCAAGUUUUUUUCUUUUUUAAGAAAUUCUCUCUUGUUAAAAAAAAAAAAAAAAAUUAAAGAAAAGCAUCUAUUAUAUUUUCGAUAUCAUGCUCUUUUGCUUUCACUUACCUUCUCCUAUUUCACAGGACCUGUUGUUUUCCUUCCUUCUCACAGAGCAUGGUACAAGUUUUUUCGUUGUAGAUGUGCUUUCAUUCCACGGGGUGGCAGCUAGUUGACGAUUUGGUUAUUCCAAUAGAAGCAGCUUUCCCAGCCAAGUCCCCCCUCUCUGGCAUAAGGGUCAUGAAUCUGUCAACUCAGCACUUCUGUUGGGGUUCAGAACAGCUGAACCCCUUCUGUUGAGCCUUCACAACAGCUCAUUAUAUUGUAUUUGUUUAGGCUGUAUCAAUUUACUGGGGACUGUUGUAGCUGACAAGACAAAAAGGCAUAAUCAAAGGCUAAAUUUUGAAUCUUGCUUAUUGAUAUUGGUGUUCCAAGCAUAACUGAGUACAAGUAUAUGGUGUCGUUGCUAGACAAAUGUUGUUUUAAUAAAUGUUUUGGGAAAUAUUAAUUGAAAUCUCUGCCUGUUAUUAGAAUAGGUUAUAGAUUUAUAGAUUUAUGAAUUGCAGGUAUGACAUUUUGUUCUUUGCUACUGCGCUUAUGUAGUUUCUUUUUUCUCUACCCCUGGUUUCUUCUUCUUAUGCUUGUGGAUAUUUUCUUUAAAAGGCUUAUGUUUUUUUAUGUUCUCAAACUGUUGCCCUAAAUUGUUUUAAUUUAUCUCCGUGCCCUUCAUAUGUGUUUAGUUUUCUGCCUUCUCCAUUGUUGAAUGAAGAUAUGAAAAUUGAUACAAAGUCCUACUAUUUCUGCCAUCUAAAAAUCAAGGCAAUUCUUAACAAUCUGGUUUGUCUUGGCUUUGUUUCCUCAUUUAUAAGUUGCCUGUCAAUAAUUAAGUUGUGUCCACUUUCCACCUGUUAACUGAGGACUUGGGUUCAAAACACAACUAUAUAUGUUGAGUGGCCUUUUUGCUCACAGUAGAAUCAAGUACUAUUAUUGAUACAGGGCUAAGAGACCUACCUACAUUGCAACUGCAAAUAACUUCAGGAGGGACUUGGGGGGUAUUCUUAUGUACGAAGUUAGAGAGUGGUGAAUAUUAUGUGAAGAGCCUGUGCAGAAACAUGAAUUAUUGGUCAAACACUACAUAGCUUGAACACCUACAUAUGAAAUAUUAGACUGGUGAGGAAGUUGCAGUCCUAUGGUACAGGUGGCAAGAACUCAACCAACUUACUGAAAUGCCUGUGGUGCUAAAAAAACAGGUGCCUGUUUUUUUGCACAGAAGGUAUGUGAAAUGAAUGGGUAGGGGGUGCAGAAGGAUCAUGGGAAUAACUUCCUGUGGUUGUCAUCAACAGUUAGUCCUCUACCAGCUGUGCUAGUGUGUAAAGUGGGCAGACAGGGCUAGCAGUUAUAGUGACUGGGAUAAGAGAGGAAUUCAGUUAGCAGGGUUCUACUGGCAUCUUUCUACUUGAUGCUUUGAGUAGUACUGAGGUUUUGAGCUGAGGGACUGUGGUCUGCAGCUGUAACUUAAUAACAGCAGUAACCAAGUCUCAUUUUCAGCUGAAAUUCAGCCCGCCUGCUCCCCCACACCUCCAACACACACACACACACAUUUUCUUUGGGACUGUGUGUAAGUGGAUCCUUUCCCUUCUUGCUGUUGUUUUUUCCUUAACUGUGUUAUGAACGUCAGAUCUACUAGCCUUCUGCUUGCAUGGAUAUCUUCAUGAAGGAGGCAAAUUUGCUGCUUAUUCUGUUUUAGUCAGCUCAGAGUUGACAUUCCCAACCCUAUCAUCAAGAAGCUGAAAUGUGUAUGUAAUAAAUAGGUAGUGUUUGCCUCUAUUUCCGGGCAUAUGCAAAAUUGUGUGUUUAUUUUGCUCUUUGUGUCUGUGACAUUUCAUAUCCCCACUUUUCCCAGAGAACAAGUGGAUUAUUCAUGUAUUCAUUGUACACUCAAAUAUGGUAUAACACCAUGACCUAUACACAAUGAUUACAGAUGCAGUUAAUGAGCUGCACUGAUUUGGAUUCUGAAUUGCAUUCCCUCUACCGUAUUUGUUAGAACACUGGUAGCUCUUGAAUUUCAAUGUUCUCUUCUGGGCUUGUGGGCUCAAAUGUAAAGUACUACUGAACUUCGGAGUUGUAGGUAACAGUUUAGAGAUGGUUGGAAGGCAUCUUAUUCUGCUAGCACAGAAAUGGAAAUAAUCUUUGUGGAUCCCAGAGAUUAUUAUCUGGUCAGGAACAUUCGUCCUGGUGAGAGUACUAAUACCUGUCCUGAGCAGGCAUACUCUUUUCUACUGGAUGGAGAGGGGAUAAUCUGUCUUCUUACAAGUAUCUAGAAACUAUUAGAAUUUUCUGAAUCAUUAAUGUCACUUGGCUAUGCAAGAGAUCAAUGUGAAAAUAAAGACACAAAUAAAUGAAGGGAAUUGAGUAUGAUGUACUUGUGCUUCUGCCAUUUGAUUUGACAUGUAAAACCAGACCUUUGUACUGGACCAUGCUACAGGUGAUGACAAAUGAAACACUAAGUUUCAUUUUAGAAGUUCUUAAUCCACUGGUUCUAAGUGGUAUUAUCAGGGGUAUAACAGUAUAUACGUGUUCUCUUUUCAGCCUUAAAUGUAUAUAUUCAAUGUAUUGUUAUGUUUCAUAUAAUUGUGUCUGGCCAUUUGGCUGCUUUUUCUGAUCUGUUUUGGUUUGGUUGUGUGCGCUUCAUGAGAAGGUUUUCUUGGAUGGCAUUAAGUGGGUAAAGGCCCUUUUGAAAUGGGUACAUAUAAAGAAAAGAAUCAGAGAUUCUGCAGAAGAGAUGAAGAAUUGUUUCAGGGAAUACCUGUUUAAACCAUCCAAGCAGUUCUUGUGCAUGUUUGUGUGUUAGUGAAAUGAAGGUGAAGGAGGUCAAAACUUCCAGUUACUUGGCAUCAAAGAAAUACUGUUCUAAGCUCCAAUAAAGCUGGAACAGUGAAAUCUGAAACAAACAGAGCUUUUUAGUUAAAACUUUCUCUUAAUGAGAAUAAAUCCUUUGGUACAUAAAUAACUGUGAUUAUACAUAUUAAAAUGCUUUUUUCUGAUAGACAGUAGAGGAACAAUAUGAUUCCUGUAGGAAUGCAAACAUGUUGUUGCUAUGGAGCUUCUGCCAUCAUCAUAGUUAACAACACUGCAAAAGCUGCCAGUACUCAGCUUGCAGGAGAGGAAAAAAAAAAUAAAUCAUAACUUUAAUUUAUUUCUACAGAAUUCAUUAAAAAUGUUCUAGCAGUGAAGUAGGAGAAACUGUCCCAUCGAUGUAAUUCAGUUCAUUUUCAAAAAGUGAGCUAACUUGUAUGCCAGGGUUUAUGGUAAAUUUCCAUGCAGCAAAAGAGCAAAAGCCAGAAGCAGGGAAAGAUGUUACCAAUCAGCAUGUAGGUGAAAUCAAGUAAAUGAUUAAGAGGAACAAACAUUAGUUGAGGAAAGUCAUUGCACACACACAUUCAUGUCUGUGGUAGAAGAAAACACCCACCCUGAAGAAGCAACUCAAAGGAAGUUGUUAAGCACAAACAGAAACUAUGAAAAACAAACAAGUAACAAAAACAAACAAUAACUGGCCUGUUUAGAACUACUCAAAGUAGAAGAAGAAAGAAAUAAUUGAAUAUAUAGGUUAGAUUAUAUAUUCAUUUAAUCCUAGAUUGACGCUCUUAUUCUUGUAGUGCUGGGGAGCCAUGCAUCUCAGAUGGAUUUGUGGAUAUAGAAGAUGGUAUUUUACUAAACUUUAUAUAACUAGUCCUUUAAAUGUCUUCUCAUAAAAUCUCAUUUGAAUUUUGGGCAUUCUGCCUGAAUCCUUUUUUGUGCAGAACUGUUCAGUAACAAACACAGUCUCCUUAAAAGUAAAUGCCCAUUUCCUUGUGUGUGAGAUUAUGCGAAGGAAAACCACAUACAGUGAUCUUUUGUUGCUGCUGUGAUGCAUAUCAAAUAUGGAUUUAACAGUUUUUUUCUGUUCUUUCCAUGUCAUUAAAAACAUGAUUUCUUCUAGUAAGAACAGUACUUUCAACUUGUUUCUUUCUUUUUGCUUGUUAUAAUUCAAUUCUUGCCUUGAUUUUCCUUUAGCUCUCUGAUGAUGUGAUCCUGCAUGCCUGAAAUCAAAAUGACUUUAGCUGUUAGAUAUAGUAGAUUCCCUUGGUUUUUGUAUCCAUGUUCAACAGCUUUUACACUGCACCUCAACCCGCAUUAUUUGUGGAUUUGAUAUAUGGUUCACUAAUGACUCAGGUUUUUAAGGUAUUCUACUCGAUAACUUUUCAACAACACUUCUCUUAUAUUUGUAGGUCUUUCUCAACGUAAGUGUUAUAUCCAGAUUUUUAAUUUUCUGAGAUACAAUUAAAUGUGAUAAAAGUUCUCAAUAAAAAUAAGUAUUGCUUUGUUACUUUCCUUUUGAAAUUGACUGUGAGGGAUCUUAAAGUAUAUAAUUCUAUGUCAUAUCAAGUAUGCAUAAAAUGCAUUUAUCCCAGUAUUUCCAGAAAUUUUACUUUAAUGUGGUAGGUGCUUGCUCUGUGACUAUAAAAUUUAAACAAAAGUACCAUGUCUUCCACAGUCUCUUUGAGGAUACUGCUGGUCUUUUCCCUGCAGUAGAUGCUGUCGGUUUCUUCUCUGCAUUCAACACAGGCAAAUGACUUUAACUCCCCUCCACUCUAGUUACUUUAAUAAAUAUGUUUAUAUCUGUUGUUUAAAAAAAAAAAAAAUCUCAUUAGGGAAGUAUGUUUUUAUGGUCUUUGACUGCUGCUUACCCAGAGAUCCCAUUAUUUCUUUUUUCUUUGUCCCUAUUCUGUUUUGCUGUUAAUUGGAAGAUGACUUGUAGCAGAAUCAUAUAUGCACAGAACAGGUUAGUGGGGACAGUUUCUGGAUUUUGAGAGGUAUGAUGAGACGUUUCUUGUUGGUCUUUUCCAUUGAAUACCACUUACUUUGUGGUGAUUGACUCAGGCUAGUUUCCCAAAUCCUGCAGUAUUUUUGAAAAACAAAAUUAAUCUGUGUUCUUAUAGUCCUAAUGAGACUUCCAGUUCUUUCAUAUGUGUUUUACCUGUUACUAGCCCUGUUUUAAAUACAGUCUUUCUUUUGAUCUCUGUUCUUUCAUAGGAUUAUCAGAAGGAACAAAUCUCAUCAAACUGACCUUGCAGAGAUCUUAAUUACAUGCUCCUUUAGCUUGGGUGUUACUCAUCAGAAUUUGUAAAGGUUGCAACUACUUUAAAAUUAUUUUUUUAUAACUGUAGGAAAAAAAAUAUAUUAACCAUGGGUGAUACAUUUCAUGCUGCCCUUUGAAAAUGCAGUUUCCACUUUCUAGUGAGCUGCACAGCACAUGCUGUGCUGCAAAAUUUUCAUCCUUCCCCUUAUUAUUGCACACAAAGUAAUUAUUUUUAGUUUAGCUUGACAGACUGGUGAAAGGAGACCAUUUGAGAAGUGAGGCAGGCUGAAGUUUUGUAGAAUUUCCCAGCAGCUCUGCACUGAAUCAUCAAGUCCCAAGAGCACAGAGGCAUUCCAUAGAAAUGUCACGCAGGCCUUCUGGCAUAUUAAUCAGGAAGCAGCAAUGAGCUCCCGCUUUCAGACAGGUUGAUUCUAGAGUUCUUGCUCAGCUUGGGAUCAAAACUGUUAGCAUCCAGUGGUAGGACUGUUCAAGCAAACCCAGGAUUAAGAUAAAAAUACAAUCCAGACUUAGGUUAUUUCAGCCAUGGGGAGGAGAGAAGCCUUGCCUCUGGUGAUUUGUUUGUAGUGUGUUUUAGUUGUAUUACAACCACACUUCUUUCUUCAGCUUUUACAAGCUGGACUCAGUAAAACAUGUAAGUCUACCACUAUUCUCACAUCUGUAAGACCUGUUCUAUACAGACGCUGAUUUUUAACUUACUGUAGAUUUAGGCAUUGGUUUCGCUUUUAAUAUCCAAAGGUCAUUUUUGCCUUCAGACUUUCUUUGAAACAAGACCUAUGUUUUAUUUUGAAAUUUUCAGCAUAGAUCAAUCUUGAGAAAUAAAAGGAAAAUAAUAUACAUUCAUGAGCAAUAACCUGCUAAAAGGAAGAGAUGGAGAUCAGGUAGCUAAACUGUCUAUAACAUUAAAUUUUCAAAGCACUUAAAAUGUUAUUGAAAGCAAAAUAACAAUAAUAAAAAUGCUGUUUAUAUGCUAUUAAAAACAAAAUAAGUUGAAUAGCUAGAAAUAAGUCUUGAGAAAUACAAAUGUGAAAAUUAGCAGAGUGAACGCUGUAGAGCCACAUUACAUUUCAUCCUGUGCUAUUACUUUAAAAGUACAAAGGGAGAUGCUGUUAAACUCUUAUAUAAUAUGCAAAUGAAUUCCUCUUUACUCUGGGAAUAAGAAAAAGCGAAUUUAGCUCCUUUUGUUGCAACAACCAAAGGUUGUUCCUAAAACAUUGCAGUUUUAAAAUGUUAUAAUUGCUAACCUAUGGAAUUAAUUACUGAAAAACAUCUAAAAUUGAAGGGGGUUUCAGAUUUCAAUUUAAAUAUUUGAUUAGUUUUAUGGCAUACAUGAAUAAUCAUA